CGGCGGAGCCCCCGGCGCGCUGCCGCGGGACCCCCCGCUCCCAUGGGGGACGCGCCGGUGCCGGAGCUGGAGGCGGUGCUGGAUGGAGGCGCUUGGGACGUGGGGACGGUUUUCGAGGGGUCCCCCGCGCCCCCCGGGCCCGUCCGCCUGGGCAGGAACGUUUGCUACGUGGUGCUGGCCGUGAUCUUCAACCAGGAGGACGCGGUGCUGCUGGUGCAGGAGGCCAAGCCCGAGUGCCGGGGGCUCUGGUACCUGCCCGCGGGCCGGAUGGAGCCGGGCGAGGGCAUCGCGGCGGCGCUGCGGAGGGAGGUGAGGGAGGAGUCGGGGCUGGAGUGCGAGCCGCUCACGCUGCUGGCGCUGGAGGAGAGGGGCCCGGCCUGGAUCCGCUUCGCCUUCCUGGCACGGGCCACAGGUGGCACCCUGAAGACCCUCGAGGCCGCCGACGCCGAGUCCCUCCAAGCCACUUGGUGGCCCGGGGACCCUCGAUCUCUGCCGCUGCGCUCUCCGGACAUCCUGCCCGUGCUGGACCUGGCCGCCCGCUACCGCCGGAGCCCCGCGCACCCCCCGACGCUGCCGCGGGAGCUGCCCUGCUCCGCGCUCUGCCUGCGGCUCCUGCUGCCCUUCGCCAACGCCGCCGGCCGCCUGUGGCUGCUGCUGGCCACCUCCGGCACCCCGCACCUGCCCGUGGUGGCCUGCGACGCGUCCCCGUCGCCGUCCCGGCUGCGCUCCGGGCUGCGCCCGCCCGUGCUGCGCCUGCUGCGGGAGCUCCUGGCCUGGGAGGCGCAGCCCGAGGCUCUGGGGCUGCUGGGGCUGCAGCACCGGGCGGGGCGGUGCGGGGACACCGACGGCAUCUGUUUCAACGUGAUGCUGAGCGUCCCUGCGGGGAGCCAGCGGGACGAGCCCCCCGAGCCCCGCCACCCCGCGCUGCGCUGGUGGCCGGUGCGGGACGAGGGGCUGCGGGGCCGCAUCCUGCAGAGGCUGAGCGCCGCGGUGCCCGUGAGGAGUUAGGGAUGGGCUCUGGGAUCGG